AUUGAGAGCUGCUUGCUUAAACUUUGUUGGAGAUCCAACUUUUGUAGUGACCUUUUUUGUUUGUUUUAAGGGUAGAGUGUCUUCAUGAUGUGUUUUUUCUCUCUCUCUCCUGCUUUACACAAACCACACUCAGUAUAAUGCUAUUACAGGAGCUCUUCACAAAUCACUUGGUUUGCCAUCCCUCCAGAGGCGAAUUGGAUGCAACUCUUCCAGCCUUGCUGUGCACAAGCCUCUGCUUUUUCUGUGUAUUUAACAGUUAAGUGGAUUAUCAAGUUGGCUUGAAAAAAAGCCAAAGCAAAAACUCUCCACAGCCCAGCAGAAGAUGUUUCAAGUUGUUCAAUAUCAGCCUUUAAGACUAAUAACCCAAACCAGUCUUUCUAGCAUGUGUUUAAAACUGAUGCCUUCAAGACCUGUUGCCUUUGCACAGAUAUGGAAGUCACGGUUCUCAAGCUAUUCUCUUGUUGGAAACAAAAAUAUUAUCCUGAUGGGAGCUCCGGGUGCUGGGAAGACAACUGUUGGGAGAAUAGUAGGUCAGAAACUAGGUUGCCCUGUCAUAGACAUAGAUGAUGAUGUCCUUGAAACAACCUGGAAUAUGAGUGUGUCGGAAAAACUUCAGGAUGUUGGUAAUGAGCAAUUUUUAGAGGAGGAAGGAAAAGCCCUGUUGGAGUUCUCAGCAUCUGGAAGUGUCAUUUCCCUUACUGGGUCCAAUCCAAUGCAUGCUGCUGGCAUGCAGCAUGUGAAGAAAAAUGGAAUAGUUGUUUAUCUGGAUGUACCCACCACAGUCAUUAUGAGCAGGCUGAAGUCAAUGAAAGUGGAUCGCAUUGUGGGCCAGUCUCCUAGUGUUUCUCUCAAGGACAUACUUCAGUUUAGGAAGCAGUUCUACAGGAGGUGGUGUGACAUCCGUGUUCUUUGUGGAGGGGAUAUUACAGCAGAGGUUGCAGCAGAAAAGGUACUUGAUGCUGUGAAGAGAUACCAAAACUCAGAACUGGAAACGUUCAUUUCAACUAGGUCUAGUAGGUCUGGAAGGAGUAUGGAAAAAGACGUUGAUAAAUACUUCAGUGAUGUUGUUACGCAGGGCUUAGCCUCUGAUGGAGGACUUUUUGUUCCUGAGAAAGGACUUCCAAAAUUCACUGCUGGAGAAUGGCAGAGCCUAAUAGAAGCAACUUAUGUUGAAAGAGCCCAGGUGAUACUAGAAAGAUGUAUACAUCCUGCUGAUAUUCCUGCUUCUAAGCUGGCAGAAAUUAUUGAAACUGCUUAUGGAGAAAACUUUGCAUGUUCUAAAAUUGCCCCAGUCAGGCAUCUGACAGGCAAUCAGUUUCUCCUUGAGUUAUUUCAUGGGCCAACAGCAUCAUUUAAAGAUUUUGCAUUACAGCUAGUGCCACAUAUAUUUGCAUACUGCAUUCCCAGAAGCUGCAAUUACUUGAUUCUGGUAGCCACUUCUGGUGACACAGGAAGUGCUGUCCUAGAUGGCUUUAGUCGUCUCCAUGACACUGACAGACAGAGAAUUGCUGUGAUGAUUUUUUUUCCUGAGGAUGGAGUAAGCCCAAUUCAAAAAUCACAGAUGAUUGGCUGUCAGAAGGAAAAUGCCUUGUCAGUAGGUGUCAAAUCUGAUUUUGAUUUUUGCCAGACGGCUAUAAAGCAAAUCUUUACUAAUUCUGAUUAUACUGGCUUUCUUACAGUAGAAUAUGGAACAGCUUUAGCUGCAGCAAACUCCAUAAACUGGGCACGACUGCUUCCUCAGAUAGUUUAUCAUGCCUCUGCAUACCUUGACCUUGUUCAUCAAGAUGUUAUUCCUUUUGGAAGCCCUGUAGAUGUUUGCAUUCCUACAGGAAAUUUUGGCAACAUACUCUCUGCUUUGUAUGCUAAAAUGAUGGGAAUUCCUAUUAGAAAAUGUAUUUGUGCGUCCAAUGAAAAUAAUGUUUUGACCGACUUCAUAAGGACAGGUGUUUAUGAUUUGAGGGGAAGAAAACUAAUCCCCACUUUUUCACCAGCAGUAGAUAUUUUGAAGUCCUCCAAUCUUGAGCGAUACUUGCACCUGAUUGCUAAUGAGGAUGGACAGCUGGUGACACAAUUAUAUAACCAGCUGGAAAAUCAGGGCCACUUCCAGCUGCAGGAAGAUCUACUCAAAAAGCUUCAGCAAGACCUUGUGGCUGGAUGGUGCUCUGAGGAAGACUGCCUGGCUGCCAUUCACUCUGUGUACAGUACUACAGGGUAUAUUUUGGAUACACACACAGCUAUCGCUAAAGUAGUUGCAGAUAGAUUACAAGACAGAACCUGCCCAAUUAUUAUUUCAUCUACAGCUCAUUAUUCUAAGUUUGCACCUGCUAUCUUGAGGGCCUUGAAGAUUGCAGAAAUAAACCAGAAUCCAUUAAGUCAGCUUCACUUGCUGAGUUCUUACAGCCCUCUCCCUCCAGUCCACUGGGGCCUGUUAGAGACCCUGAAAAAAAAGGGUAACGAAGAUUACCAGGUCUGUGCUGCUGAUAUGAGUAUGCUGAUGUCCACUAUAGAAACCUUAAUUCAGAAUCAUUUUAUGAGAGUGCACUGAGCAACUGAUCAGGUGUCCAUGGUGUCAGUUGUGAUGCCUACUUAGCAAGCCGCAUGUCUUAACAAAGUGAUGAUUUGCCUGGCCUGUGUCCAGUCCGCAGCACACCACCUGCAGUUUUAUACUCUAUUGUUGAGUUUUCAGCAGUGUUUUUAAGUAGCACGUGUAAUGGUGAAAGGUUGUGAAUUGAGAGUGUAAAAGACUGGAAUACUUUUUUGCAGAUCAUACAUAGCAGAGACACCAGUACUGCCAGCAGUGCUGUCUCCUUUGCAAGCCUGAAGCAUCCUCCAUGGAGGAAGGAAGAUAAUGAAGUCUGACCUUUCUAAAGCUAGUAACUCUUUCUUGUUGCAAGAGCAAUGCAAUUAUUUGGUCAGUGGGUGAUUAGUUACACUUUAACGCACAUCACUUAUGGCACCAAAACAUAAUAAGAUGCUGUAAUGAUGUCCGAUGUUAUUAAACGAGGGUUGAUUUCACUACAAAGAUUGAAGUAGACUUGUAUUGUUAGUCCUUGAACCAUUCAGUUUGGUGGUAUGUUAUCUUGUAUGUUUUUUAUGUCUUGUGAGGCCAGUGUUUAUGUAAAAAAAAAAAAAAAAAUCCCCCUGAUAUUUUCCUGUGUGAAAUAGAAUCCUUCAUUUGAAAUUUUUAGUAUUUUUUGAGGUGUAACUCUUCUUCCAGUGCGUUGUAGUCUUUUCCUUAGAUCUUUUUCUAUUUGAAUUUUCAACUUCAGAGUCCUUUGUUAAUGCUAGAGAAGAAUUUUCUGGUAGUAGCUGCAGUCUCCUUAAGUAAAAACCAGACUUCACUGUCUAUUUACAUUUCUUUCUUGUAUUCUGAGUUUUUAGAAGAUAAGAUUUAUCUUUGAGGUCAUGUAGUUUGCUUGUUCUAAUUCCAUUUUUAUAUUUUCUCUUAAAUUAAUUCCCUUGACAUUCUAUUAUGUUCAUGCUUAGCAUGAAUUAGUGUAAGAAAGAAUCUUCCCGAAGUGCUUGGCAUCUCAUCAAGGGAAGUGAAAGAUGAAUUCCAGUGUUUGGAAAGCAUGAUAGCAUCAGAGGUAUUAAUUGUGUUACCUAAAAUAGACCUAUGUUAGCAAUCUGGUUUUGCUAAUGACAGGCUCUUUAUUGGUUUUUGGGGUUUUAUUUUGCAUCACAGAAAAAUAGAGCAAGUUGUCCUAGGUGAUCCUGUGGUAAUAGACAAAUGUACUCUGCUAAAUGUAGAUUAUAUUUGGCAAGGACAUAAAAUAAUAGCUAGAUUUCACACUAAGAGAAAUGUCGAAGUGGUAUGUGGGCAAGUUUUGAAUGACGUGCAGUUACAGGUACAGAGCUAAGAGCCAUCAGAUGUGAGGACGUAAUAGCUGUGGGAGGCUGUAUUUCCCACCAAGAUUCAAAUAGG